GCAACAGCGGUUGAAAGCGCGCACCCGUCAGUGGGGGAGAAGAGAGGACAGAAGGCGGCAGAAAGACAAAUAAAGCGCAAUUAACUGAUUAAUCUGAAAACCGUAACACGAAAUCCAGCCGAGAUGUCAGAGGAAAAGCCAAAGGAGGGAGUAAAGACUGAGAAUGAUCACAUCAACCUGAAGGUUGCAGGGCAAGAUGGGUCAGUGGUCCAGUUCAAAAUCAAAAGACACACACCGCUCAGCAAACUAAUGAAGGCAUACUGCGAACGACAGGGUCUCUCAAUAAGGCAGAUCAGGUUCAGGUUUGAUGGCCAGCCUAUCAAUGAGACGGAUACACCUGCACAGCUGGAGAUGGAAGACGAAGACACCAUAGAUGUUUUCCAGCAGCAGACAGGCGGGCACUGCUAAGCCCUACCCACCUCAUUGACAGCCACCCUCAGACCACGCCCUCAACCACCAUCACUGUCCCUCCCUUCCCCUUUGCUCCUCUCAACCUAUUAUUAUUAUUAAUUAUUAUUAUUAUAUUAUUUCUUCAGUUUAAAUAUGUCUGUCAUGGUUUUUUGCCAGGUGUGUGGGGGGGGAGGGGGGCUCCUCAGCUGUUUAUGUACUGUCCCAGUCAGGACUGAACUUUUGUGUGUGUCAACAGUCUCUCUGCUGGCCAAUCAGGACAACGUUUUCUUUCUGGCACCGCAGGCUGUGAUCGGACCAACAGCACCUCACGGCUGUUCCUGGUUUGUCACUGCUUCUCGUUCACUGUCCAGUGAAAGCUUAGUAUCCAGUAGUUUGUCACGGUUUUCAUCCAUCGGGGUUGAAUGUGAGGCUCUGCAAGUUUCUGUCCAGGGGUCACAGUCAGUGGGCAUGAAAAUGUUUUGAAGUGGAAGCGCUAUUCGAACUUAAUACACACCUGCUUUCCAUUUCACUUUGCGUUCUUGUGUGUGUUUUGUUUUCGUCUGCAUUUCUGUCAAAAAUGUAUUAUAAUUCUCUUCGCAUUUUAGGUGCUUCCGCUGUUUUUUGUAUUUUUUUUUUUUUUUUGUCUUUUAUUUUAAGAAUUAACACCCAUCGGGCUUGUUGAUUUGUAGUUGUUUUUUUUGGAUUUUUUUCCUCCUUCUGUACAGAAGUAUCAGAAUGGGUGUUAGAUAAAUGUUGUGGGGCUUGGACCAAUCCUCCAAAGACCGAACUUUUGCUUCAUAUUUGAUGUACUUCUCUAUAAACGCAAACUGCAAGGUCAAAACUGUCAAAUUUAAAGGCAUUUGUAUUGCAUCAAUGUUAUUUGCUUCCUCUUCUAUUUGCUCAUGGAGAAAAAUGCUUGUCUAGGGGAGAUAAUUAAUUUAUACCAUUAAGGUGCGUCCUUGGUAGGAGUUGGUCGGGGUUUGGCUGCCCAAGGAUAGUCUCUUGACAUGGAAUGCAUAACUUUUCUUUUCUCUCUCUCUCUCUCUCUCUCUCUUUCUCUCUUCCAAUGAAGUGGGCCAGUGACCAGUCCCUAUGGUGUUCCUACAAGCAGUUCUGCUUGUGGUAGAGGGUGGGCUGUGGGUGGGAAUAAUUGAAGGGUAGUUCCUUCAUGCUGUUUUGGGGUCAGCUGUCUCUGUAUCGUCCUUACGCAUGUUGGCUGAUGGGGCAACUGAUUCUAAAUGUGCUUUUAAGAGGAGCGCCUUCCAGUUUGAGAAAGGAUAUCCAACAAAAGUCAGUAUGUUUUUUUUUGUUAACACACAUUGAAGACACUUUUCCCUGCUUUGUCAGCGACUGAGAUAUUGUUUGCUGGUGAGUGUUUAAGAAAAACGUGCUUCGAACAUGUUUUUACUGCAGUGUUACAGUGGAGAUAUCUCUGGUGGUGAAGAGUGUCUUCACUAUUUUACAUUUCGGAGAGCGGCGCAUGCAGUUUGUUGCAUAUCAGGAGGGCAGGAAGGUCAGCCAAUGGAGUUUGGGAGAUAAGUGUUCUCUACCCACAGGGCCCCGCUCUUUGUACGUGGGUAACAAAAGUUGGCUUUGAUUGUUUAUGGUCUGGCAUGAGCGUGAAUUAUUUUAUUAAUUUCAAUUCAGUCAGGAUUAAAAUGUGUGUUGUCGAAGCAACUAGUCACCUGCAAAACUGCAAGCUUCCUUAGAGUUGAAUCAGUGACGGCCAUUUUAAGCUUGUUAAAACGGCCGUCAGAAAAGGCUGCACCUUUCUAUGCAGGCACCGGUUGAUCAGUAUUAUUGUAACUGAACAGGCUUAAAGUUAAAAUACAUGGCAACAAAAUACAACAGAUGCAGUUUCUAAAAUGAAAAAUCUUCAUAGGUUCCCCGAAAGAAAGGUGCUGACCUUCUUUUUUUAAGUAACUAAACUGUAGUCCACGUGUUUCAUCUGUAUUUUUGUAUGCGUUCUGUAAAGUAGUCAGGAGUCGAUGCAAGUACCCACACAUUUUUUUCAACGAGUAUACACCCAUAAAAUGCCCUCUGCUUUUUAAAGUAUUCAUUCUGCUGUUGACCAAUGAAAAGAAAUUUCAUCCGACCUCCCCCGCAGCUCAUCCUUCAGUCACUAACAAGCAUUUGUCAAACUUGUGUGGUACAGAGACAUGUUAAGUCUGCGUGUGACAUGCCUCUGCACAAGCCAAAUCACAAGCAAUGCUUCUGAUUCCAGCUUUCCUCACACAAAAUAAGAGCACAGUUAUCAACAAAUCAGCCUUCCACUUGCAUUUUAAGAACCGAGUUAGCUGGACAAAGAUCUUUUUGGCUGUCAGCUGAACUAAACUGUAACGUAUGAAGAACGGGGCCCAGGUCUUGUCAUGUUAUUUGUUUCUCUACUGAUUUGUACAUUAUUUGUGGUCUUUUACUACUGUAUACAAUAAAUAUAGUUUGGUACUCAGA